CGUUCGGACGCGGGUCAUCUUUGACGUGCAUACAUGUAUCAGCCUGGAUGAGACGUCUACAGCGUCACGGUUCAUGGACUUGGCCUUGGCAAGUUUGGAUUAAAUGUCACUAUUGGCAGAGUCCAUCGUCGGACAGUCUACUGGGCUUCCUGAUGAGGUUGGCAAUGCCACUGCUGAGAUGUGAGUAGGGUUAUAUCUUGGUUUAAAGUUAUGACUCAUGUCACUAUUACUGCUCAAGCACAUUUUUCCGAGCUGCCCAACACUGCAGCUUUCCUUGGCGGCAUGGUCGCUCAAGAAGUGAUCAAGAUGAUCGCUAAGCAAUAUGUGCCUGUGAAGGGUUACUGUGUAAUCGACUUGAUUGAGACAUGAACAGGAACUAUCGGUGCUUGAGACAUCUAUGCAAUAAUACUUGUGUAAACAGUCGUCCAAGGACAAUACUUUUCAUCGAGGAUAUCAAAGUUUGGCCUUUUCGCUGGUUUGAAUAAUUUCCGCGGCUUUGUGAGCCAGCCCAUAAAGUGUGGCUUGAGGAUGAGUUCCCAGGUGCUAAGAUUACCCGUAUUAGUAUACCCAAGGCAACAAUUUUCAGUCUUACGAUUGGGAAGAUGCUGGCGUCCG